AUGUCAGGCUGGAUGUCAUGGUUUGCGGGAAAGAAGGACACUCGAGAAGGAGCGAGAGAUGCUAUCGUUGGAUUGCGUCAACAACUGUUGAUGCUUGAGAAGAAAGAAGAACAUCUGAAUAAGAAAAUCGAGGAGGAAAUGAAGAAAGCAAAAGCUAAUGCAACAAGCAAUAAACGAUUGGCUAUGGCUGCUUUGAGACAGAAAAAAGCACAUGAGAAUGAACUUGAUAGAAUCGCUGGAACGAGAUUGACAUUAGAGACUCAAGUCAAUGCUAUAGAAUCAGCCAACUUGAAUGCUGAGACUAUGGUAGCUAUGAAGAAAGGUGCGGACGCACUCAAAGGUAUUCAUAGUAACCUCACCGCUGAAGGAGUCGAUGCUACCAUGGAUAAGAUUAGAGAGCAAAUGGAUCUUACGAAUGAAAUAUCAGAUGCCAUUUCAAACCCUGUAGGAAUGGGUAUCGUACUUGAUGAAGACGAUCUCAAAGAAGAACUUGAUGCUUUGGAGCAAGAACAAUUGGAUGAUCGACUCGCUGGCGCCGAUAGAGUACCAAGUCAUAUUCCAGCAUCACCAGUUGGGCAAACCGCAGGACGAGUCACUGCUCAAGCUCAAGCUGAAGAAGACGAUGAAGAAGCUCAAUUACGUCAAUUACAAGCUGAAUUAGCUAUGUAA